AUGCGAUGCACCAACUGUGGCUCGUUGGCCAUCGAUUUUGCCGACUCGCAAGCCGUAUGCAGUGCUUGUGGUGUAGUACUGGAGGAGUCGCAAAUUGUCAGCGAUAUUACCUUCGCGGAAAAUACGGCAGGUGGCGCUGUAGUUCAGGGAAGCUACCUUGGCGUAGAUCAAGUCCGCACUCGUACGACCGGACCGGGAUUUCGGGGAAGCUCUGCAGGAGAGUCACGCGAGUGUACCAUCGCGAAUGGUACGUAA